CCCAAAAAACUAUCGAUAGGCCUUAGGGAAUUUGCAUGUUAAAAACGCCGAAAAUUAAUUUUUGGUUUUGUUUAUAGAAAUAGUGUCAAAAUGGCGGCAGGUCCAAUUGCUGAACGCAACCAAGAUGCCACCAUCUAUGCCGGCGGUCUGGACGACAAGGUGUCGGAAACGCUGCUUUGGGAGCUAUUUGUCCAGGCGGGACCAGUGGUCAACGUACACAUGCCCAAGGAUCGGGUCACCCAAAUGCACCAGGGCUACGGAUUCGUGGAGUUCCUCAGCGAGGAAGACGCCGACUAUGCCAUAAAGAUCAUGAACAUGAUCAAGCUAUAUGGCAAACCGAUACGCGUGAACAAGGCGUCGGCGCACCAGAAGAAUCUGGACGUGGGCGCCAACAUCUUCAUUGGCAACCUGGACGUGGAGGUGGACGAGAAGCUGCUGUACGAUACAUUCUCCGCCUUCGGGGUGAUCCUGCAGACGCCGAAGAUCAUGCGAGAUCCGGAGACGGGCAAGUCGAAGAGCUUUGCCUUCAUCAACUUUGCCAGCUUCGAGGCCAGCGAUGCGGCCAUGGACGCCAUGAAUGGCCAGUACCUGUGCAACCGUCCCAUUUCGGUGUCCUAUGCCUUCAAGAAGGACCACAAGGGUGAGCGGCACGGUUCGGCGGCGGAGCGUCUGCUGGCCGCCCAGAAUCCGUCGGCCCAUGCGGACCGGCCGCAUCAACUGUUCGCCGAUGCGCCCGUGCAGAACAUGAUGCCGCAGAUGCCGGGCCAGAUGAUGCCGCCACCGAUGAUGGCCCCGCCGCCGCCAGUGGUGCCCGUUUCGAACAACAACAUGGGCAUGAUUGCGCCGCCGCCGCCCGUGCCCCAGCCCGCUCCGUUCCCAGCCACGAUACCGCCGCCGCCGCUGCCACCGAUGGCCGGCGGUCAGCCGCCUCUGCCGCCGGCAAUGGGCAUUCCGCCACCGCCGCGCAUGAUGCAACCGAAUGCCUGGGCACCGCCCGGCAUGCCGGCGCCGCCGCCCAGACCACCGCCCACCAACUGGCGUCCGCCGCCCGUGCCCUUCGCCCCCGCGCCCUUCGCACGGCCCUACCAACCCGAUGGCUACCAGUACUAAGCUAGCGUGUAGUGUAUACCAAUUUGGACGAGAAGAAAUAAAUUUUAAUAGGAUUUAUCAAUAAGGGAUGCUCUGGUAUAAGUUAAGACUCCGCUGGGGCUCUACUCUCGGAUUUUUAAUGCAUUUAAUAUCUGAACGGCAUAAAAACUGUUCCGAUUUUUAGUAGCAUAUGUUUAAAUCAUGUCUGAACUACUACUUUAAAUCCUGUAUGUUUUUAUUUUAUAUCAACUCUGCCCAUUUUUCAAGAAUUCAUUUAAAACUACCAAUUCAUUCAUACUGCUAUGGAUGCUAAAGACUAUAUUGGAUAUUACUUUUUGACUAUGAAUUCAAUACACCUAAAUAAAAAAGAUAUGUACAUUUUGUCAACUAUCAAAAUGCUUAAAUUGAAGUCUUAGUUACCAAACCAACAGCCCAAGUCUAAUUUGUAGUUUGUACAAUUUGACAAGAUAAGAAAUAAAUUUUAAUAGGAUCUAUAAAAAGAUUUCUUCAGGCUUAUCCUUUCUCUUCACUCCGCUUGACUUCCUCUUGUGCAUUUAAUCCGAAAUAUUUCAAGAAAUGUAUAGAAAACUAGCUAGUUUAAGAAAUUAGGGUUUCGACUUGCCCAAAAAGGAUUUAUGAAAUAAAAGAUUUUUAUGAGAA